CUACAUGGAAACUAUAGUGACAGUCGAUGGCCAAAAUGCAGGCCACUGUCCAGAGCACCUGUGUGUGGGGGGGAUAGGAACAAACUGCCAAACUUACAGUCAUCUCUCUCUCUUUCUUUUUCCCUCUCUCUAUCUCUCUCACUCUGCCAUUGCAUUUACAGAGACGCCGCACAAUGCACCAUUCAUAACCGGAAUCCGGCCCAGAUAUCGGGUCGGCGACAUAUUGCGGGGCAAUUGCACAUCGCGACAUUCCCGGCCGGCGGCCAAUCUCACAUGGACGGUGAAUAAUGAAGAGGUAAAUCCCUCACAUGUGCGACAUCAUAAAAUAUUGCGGGAUGCGCGCAACGAUAUGGAAACUGCAAUUGUGGGCAUUCAUUUCGUGGUUACCGAUCAGCACUUCGAUAAUGGCAAACUAAAGCUCCGCUGCAGUGCUCAGCUGCAUGAUGUGUACUGGAAGACGACGGAGAAGAACAUAUUGGAGGCGGAUCCGUUUGGCAAAUAUGGCGGCAAUGGGGCCAGCGGGAAUCGCGUGAGUGCCGAUGAGAUAUAUGACCAGUACACGCUGCACGAGGAUGAACAAUUUCACAGCAAGAAGAACAGCUACCUAACACAGCUGCAGGACUUUCUCUUUCAUUUUGUACCCUCAGGCGAAGAAGACGAUGUCGCCGAUGGUUUAGAGGAUGGCGGCGCGGCCUGGCGCGGUGUCAGCUCGUCGGCGGCCAGUCUUCGAGCUGUGGCUGUGAAUGCUGCAACUGCAACUGGAACGCUGUUGGCGCUGCUCAGCUGGUCGCUGGCCGGGCAAUUAGUGUCGCAGCUGUUGGAGAUUACAAAGCACAGGCCCAUGCGGGAGGGCAUAUACAAAACGCAGCAGCAGCAGCAGCCGCAGCAGCAGCAGGUGGACGAGCCGGAGCAGAGGCAACGCCUGCGGGCGCACAGCGGCAGCAGCAUUAGCAAAGGAUGCAGCAUAUGCAGCAGGCAAUUAACAUGAUUCAAUUGUCACGCAACUCUUGUGCCACACUUCAGGGAGGGUCAAAAGGCAGCGGGCGGAGAUGCACCAGCGGCAGCAGCAGCAGCAGCAGCAGAGGCAGGCAGCAAAGUAGGCUUCAGCCCUAGGCAACAGCAAGUAACUGCUAAAUGUAUCUAAAAUAUUUACACCUAAAUACACAGACACCAGUUUCAGCUAGCUCAAAGUAACUUCAAAGGCAUUUAACACUAACAGAAAAAAUUGUGCAGCUACAUUUUUAUUCAUUUUCCUCACAAAACCUAACAAAAAGAAAACAAACAUUUAUCGAUAGGAAAACUGAUUAUUUUCUUUGCCAAGCCGAGCCAAUACCCUGUUACUUGCCUACCUAAACGGAACCACUUGCGAGCUGGUUCUUUUUCUGAUUUAUACACUAUGAAACAUAAACGAUAAAGAGUUGAAGAAAAUGUUGUGCUAAGCUUUUCACUUUAUUUCUCUACCAUUAAAUACAUAUAUAUAUAUAUACAUAUAUAUAUUUGUAUAACGAAAGUCAAAAAUUAUUUAUAUAUGCGUAUAUAAAUGAUGGAUAUUUAUAUGUACCAUAUAAAGUUAUAUACAUUCAUACAUAUAAUCGUAUAUGUAUUAUGCCUAAUUGUAAUUUCAACACACAGACACGCAUACACACAAACCCAAAAGGAGUAAAAAAGAAAGAAGAGCAAUUAAUUUAUAAGUAU